UUAAACAAUGUUUCACUUUCAACGGACUUUUUUAAAAAAAUUGAUCCUACAAGUGAUUGCGCUUUACAAAUGUGACACAUGACAAUUUCUUGUCCAUGUCUACUGCUUCACAUGCGUCUUACAAGGUACAUAUACAAAACAGCUAGCACGCAAAAGUUGUAGAAUCAGUUAAUCUGUAUCACUCCUGCCGCAUAUUCCCUUUAAGACGCCGACACCAAUACACUACCACUCGGCAUUUUACUUUACGGUUGAAAUACUCUUACUCCGUGUUGAAUAAGGGAUUUUCCGAAAUAUUGCUUCUGUCCAUGUCGGUUUGGGAACGCUAGCGGAAGUACUUUCAACCAUGACUCGAAUUUGGGACAGGUAAACGUCACACUUCCACUCAACUUUCCUUUUGAGUAAAGUGACUUGGAGACCCCCACUCAACAUCCAGUGUUGGGACUAAAAAAACACAGCCUUAUUUAAGUUUCGGUAUUAGGAUUGAUAAGAACACACUCUUAUGUGACAUUUUUGGGGGGACUAAUAAAAAACACUUCCUUAUUCUGGAUUUACUUUGAAAUCGAUAAGGGACCCCUUCUUAUUCGAGAUUGGUUUUAGAAUUGAUGAGGGACGUCUUCUCAUUUGACAUAUGGUUUAAAAUAGUGGUCAACCCACUGUUACUUGAUCUUUGGCUUUCUGAAAUUUAAUGGACAAUCACCAUUGGACAUCGGUUUUGCAACUGAUGCCGAACACAGUCCCGUUUUACGUUUUUUUUUGGGAACUAGCGACGUACACAUUAUCACUUAGUGUUUGGUUUUGGAACAAAUUACGAACAAUUUUUUUUUUUAAUAUUGAAAUUUAAAACUAAUGACGGACACGUCUUAUUAUUCUUUUGAUUUUGAGGCUAAUUAUUCAAAAAAAAAUUUACUCGGCAUUUAGCUUCACGAGUAACAACAAAAAACAUUUUGAUUGCACACUUGGCUUUUGAUUAAAAACACACUAAUUCGACAUUUACGUAAGAAGACUAAGGUCGAGAUGUUUUCGUUAGGUAUUUGCCUAGAGUAACCUUCGUUUUAUACGCAGUUCUAUACUCUGUUUGAAAUGCAUCUUUAUCAAAAGUUAAACCCAUACUUAAAUUAUUCACUGAAUUCGGGACACUUUUAUUUUUGUAGUAAGGUUGCCCUAAAGUAAGUUCAUACAUAGUUUCAAAAGGGUUGUUUAUACAUGGAUGAGAAUUAUAAUUAUCUAUGAGGCUUGUGUCUUGAAGACAUUUUUUCACUUCGGUUUCGUUUAUUUUCCUAGUCAUCUUCCUAGUAUUUCGUAUAAGUUUCAACAAAGGGUCCUUGCAUUUAAAUUUCCCGUUGUUUCAGUUAAUACUUCCACCAUAAACUUUUUUAGAAUUAGAAAAAAAUUAUCUUUAUAGAGAAGAAUUGUUGUUAAAAGAACUCAUUUUUUUUUUUAUUUUCAUUACUUUAUUUUAAUAAAAUGCCGAAGGGUAAGAAAUAAUUUACUGAGACUGUUAAGUUUAUUAUAAAAAGCGUGCAUACCCUAUGCAAUAUGAUAAAUUUCAAGCUUAUAAUAUUUCUCAAAGUCACACGCCAUUUUAUUCUUUUAUUUAAACUUAGUGAUAAUAACUUAUAUUAAUUAUUGUUAUAAUAUGUUGUUUUUAAGAAAACCGUAAACAAGUUCGAGUCAUGGUGACCUGUAAAUCAGACCUUUUAAAAUUGUGCCUAAAAAUAAAGUAUCUUUUCUUAUUAUUGAGCUAUAACAUGAUGACCACACAAAAAUAUCGUAUGACAAUGGUUGAUAUACGUUGUUGUGUGAACGCAUUAAAACCGAAAAUUGUAAAUUUGAGAUUAGCAAACGUAUAUAAUUUAAAUCUAUCAAAAAGAUUGUAUUUAUUAAAAUUUGCAGCAGGUGAUCAAAAAUGUCAAGUAAUUGUUGAAUCAGGUAUUCGGUUUCAUUCGACUGAUUGGCAGCGAGAUAAAGAUAUGUUACCGUCCGCAUUCGUGAUGCGUCUUCGUAAAUUUUUGCGUACAAGACGCUUAUUAGAUUUCAAACAGCUAGGUGCUGAUCGUGUUAUAGACUUUAUUUUCCAAACUGGUUCCUCUGUAACACAUUUAAUAAUUGAGCUUUACGUAUCGGGAAAUGUCUUAUUGACCGAUGAAGAUUAUAAAAUUCUUUCAAUUUUACGUCCUCAUUCGAAUGUUGAAGCAGCUGGGCGUUUAGCUCAAGGUGAAACAUAUCCAGUGCAUUUGUGUUAUUCCAACAGUCUUUUAGUCCGGGAUCCAAUUCUGUUAACUCUUGCUUUUGAAGAUACGGAAAAAGACGUUGUUUUAAAAUGUAUAUCUCAUCAUUUAAAAGAACGAUUAACUUUUAGUGGAAAAACAAAAGAAAUGCAAACAAAAUCCACGAGUUCUGAAAAACAAAAAAAAGGUUUUAAUUUAAAACAAGCCAUUUCAUAUCUUCUCCCUUUCGCUCAUAGUUCCUUAAUUUCUCAUGGCAUACUUAUGCUUGAAAAAAAACAAGGUUCUACUGCAAAUGUGAAUGAAUCUUUCAAAAAAUGUUAUACUUCCAUUACAAAUGAAAGCGAUAUACAAGAAUGUCUUUUGUAUAUUGUAAUUAUUUUAAAAGAAUGUUUUGAUAAGCUGAUUUCUGUUAGUGUUUCUGACAACUUUUUCGGACAUGAAAUCAAUGAAAACCAAUGGCGAAAUUUGUUUCCCUCCUGCGAAUUUCAAUCUAAAGGCUUUAUUCUUUCUGAAAUUAUCUCAUCUCCCUUGACUAACGAUGAACAGAAGGAUGAAACAGCUUCUUUACAAACAUUUGAAAAGGAAAGCUUUUUAGAAUUUUCUCCCAUUUUUCUUGAGCAAUAUGCUACCGCUGAGUCUACUAAAAAACUUCACGUGUUUUCCUUUUUUCCCACUUGUUUAGACCACUUUUUUAGCCACGAUGAGCUUGAAAAACAAGACAAAGCAAAAAAGCAGCUAAAAGACCAGCAUUAUUCAAAAGCAGAAAAAAUUCUCUCAGAUCAACAACGUCGUAUAGACGCUUUAACAAAACAACAGGAAGAUUCUAUAAGAUAUGCAGGUUUAUUAGAAAAGAAUGCAGUCGCUGCGGAUCAAUGUUUGACAAUGAUACAGGCUGCUCUGAGUACAGGUGUUUCAUGGAGGGAACUAAAGCACCACGUCGAGCUCGAAAAAAAAAAGGAACACCCCUUAGCUUCUUUAAUACACCAAAUGGACUUUGAGAACAACACACUGACUCUUCUUCUAUCUUCUUGUGAUGAAGCGGACCUUCUUUCAGACACUUUUGUUAUUCCAGUACCAGUAGAUAUACGUCUUUCCUUAUAUCAAAACAUAACGGAGUUGCAUCAAAAUCGAAAGCAAAUGUUGGCUAAAGUUGAACGUACGCAGCACGCUGUUGUGGUAGCGGUGGAGGCAGCUAACAGAGGAGCCGAAAAAAAAAGCAAAAAUGAGAUGCUUGUGGGUAGUAAGACGCGUAUAUCAAAUGGGCUUUGUCGAUUGCGAAAGACGUUCUGGUUUGAGAAAUUCAACUGGUUUAUUACUUCAGAAGGUUUUCUUGUGAUAGCCGGAAGAGAUGCGACUCAAAAUGAUAUGUUAUAUAAACGUUAUUUAGAAAAAAAUGAUAUUUUCGUUCACGCCGACGCACAUGGUUCACCAGCCUGCAUUAUAAAAAAUCCUCAAAAUAAAACAAUUCCUCUCCUUGCUCUACAAGAAGCCGGUCGUAUGAGUGUUUGUCGUAGUUCUUGUUGGAAGACAAAACUUAUGACAAGAUCAUGGUGGGUGUACCCGUUUCAAGUCUCAAAAACAGCACCAACGGGUGAAUAUAUUAUGUCCGGGUCUUUUAUAAUUCGAGGAAAAAAAAAUAUGCUACCUCCUGAAAAACUUGAGAUGGGAUUAGGUAUUUUAUUUGUGUUGGGUGAAGAUUUGUUAUCGGAGGGUGUCAAGGAUUGGGACACACCUGUGAAUGAUAAUAAAAACGAAAAUCCACUACGUUUUCACAUCGAACUUCAAUUACCCUCCCAAGUUCAUCAACAUGAAAUUAUUAAAGAAUUGGAAAAAGAAGACGAAGCAUUAAAAUUACAGCAAGAAGAACAAUACAAGAAAAGACAAGAGAAAAAUGAAAAACGUAGUUUACAUUGUAAAGCGUCAGUAGAAUCAUGUCAGGAAAGAAAGCAGUGUGAUACUUUACAAAAAGAACCUAUUUCCUCCGUAUGUCCUACACUUAUUCGAGGGAAAAAAUCAAAAUUAAAACGUGUGAAAGAAAAAUAUAACGAUCAAGAACCUGAGGAACGCGAUUUACGUAUGAAACUUUUGGGUUCAAAACCAAUGAAAGAAUUUUCGAAAUGCUCAUUGGAAGAAAAUUGUUCUACAACUAUUCAAACAAAAGACUGUCAUACGACACUUAUAACGACAAGUGGGAGCCGUCACCAAAACAUUCCUGCGACAGUGUCCAACGCACCUUUACCUCUUGCCUCUUCCGUUCCAAUGUUAACUUGUGAGUUACAACGAUUUACAAAACAACCACAAGAAUAUUUCACGCUCGUUUGUGCCGUUCCCGUUUGCGCUCCUUGGACUACAUUACAGUCGUAUAAGUACAAAGUGAAGCUUGUUCCAGGUCAUUUAAAAAAAGGGCAAGCUGGAACUCAAAUUUUACGCCAUUUUGUCACUCAGACGACCAGUGGUGUUGAAAAAGAGUUAAUUCGUUGUAUUCCUUUGAACGAUAUGAAUCAAGCGUUAUCAUCCAAUGUUCGAAUCGUGUAUUAAAAUUUUUUCGCCUUUCCUUUAAAACAAGAUUUCUUUAGUUAAAAAAGAAUGCAGUCUGUUAUCAAAAAUCAUUGGUUGCUGUUCUUUUUUUUUUUUCUGAAAAAAAAAAAAAAUGAAGAAAACGUACAAUUUUUCCACUUUACCUAACCUGCACGUGCUUUAUUACUUUGCCAAGUAAAAAAAAGUAUAUCAAGCGCAGUCAAGGUUUCCAUGAAAAGAAAAAAAAAUGAUAUUUAAAAAAACAAAUUUUGAAUUCAUCUAUUUAGUUUAAAAUUUUAUUAAACCCAUGUGGUAAUGAUUGGUAAUAGAACAAGUCGCUAACAAAUAACAUUCAAUUGCUCUUGUAACCUAAAAUAAAAAUUCUAUUUUUUAGGUUGAAAGUUUUACUAAGGAAUAAAUAAGUAUCCUUUUUAAAAGUGACCACGGUGUGCAAGAAAUUGUAUUACGAUGGGGAACAAAUGUUGCAAGUCUAAGAACAUCCGCGCAGCUCAAGUACGAUAUGCGAAGGAGAAUAUGCCGAAAGACCAGGGAAGUCAAGAAGAAUUGAAAAGCGAGAUUGAAGAAAAAGAGCAUCAAGAAAUGAAAGAGAUACUCAACGAUUUGCAGCAGGAAUUGGAGGAACACAAAAAAAUACUGAAAAAACAAAACGAAAAUUUCAUUUCUCAGACAAAAAAUGAAACCCAUGCAAUGGAUAAAUUACUUAACCAGCUUGAAUCUAAUGAAAACGAACUUGUAACUUAUGAGAAAUGUUUAAGAGUGACAGAAAAUAAUUAUCAGGAAUUGAAACAAAAACUAGAUACGCUUAUUUUAAAGUUGAAUUCAAGUGGCCAGACGGAAACUGCUUUACAGGAAUUCAAAAAGGAAUUUCAAAAUGACUGGAAUUCUCUUGACAAACGUUCAACGGAAGAACGAAACCGACUUGUAGCGCAAAUGGAAAGGUUUGAUUCUGAACAAAACGUUAUUAAAAGCCAGAUUGAGAGCCUUCGUGAAAUGAUAGCCCAAUUAAAAAGCACUAACUUCCCGCAGCGUAGUGAAAAACAACUUUCUUUUCAAACGACACAACCAAAAAAUCGUCUGACAACGCGUCAGAAAAAUAAUCAUGGUGUAGUUCCUUUAACAUCAAAUCCACAAGCGUUUGAGUGUCAUCUUGAUGAAGAAAUAAGUCAAUGGUACAAAACAACUAAAAAUAAUCUAACAGCUUGUUAUGGAGCGUUUUGUGACUCUGACAAAGCUUCCCUUCAUCGUAUUCAAAAAUUUUCAUCAAAAGGAUCACUUCAAUAUAUAUGUUUACAAAAUCCUUAUCAUGAUAAAUAUAAAUGUCACAUUUGCCGUCAUAUCGACUUGAGCGAUAUUCCCGCGUUACCUUAAUACAUUUCAUUUCUUUAAAAAAUACUUUAAAUAGACACCAUCACUUUUCAUAUCUUUCAUUCUUUUUUGAAUAGAACAUUGCUGUAAACCAUUCACUUUAAAAUUCACAUUAGAUUUUAUAAAAUACUUUUUUUCUUUACCACAGUCAAUUGUUUGAAUAAACGUUUAUGUGUUUUUUUUUUAAUUUGAUCAUUUCAAUCAUUACGUCGUUAUUUUUUUUUUUUUUAUGACUGUUUUCUUUUCCCUUGAAACCUUUCGUUUUUUAACUGUUCUUUUUUCAGAGCUGUCACAUACGCUAA